CCACGAUGCCGCUGUUGCCGGCGUCUCCGGCAUUGCUUUGCGAGAGCUGCGUCUGCUCGCGAUGGUGCUGAAUGGGGCUCCCAGCGGGUCCUCGACAGAUGUCGCAGCGUAUCUGAUGUGUCAUGCCAACGGCAUGUAUGACCCGAUCUUCCGCGCUACCCUCCAGGAUCUCGCGGAGCUCCAGGACAACCCAGGUAACUUCUACGACCUCCGACACAUGUGCCCAGGUAACUUCUACGACCUCCGACUUAACUUCUACGACCUCCUACGACCUCCGGAUUUCAAGGUUAUCUCGAUGGAAGGUGUGCUGAGGUGGCAACGCGCGAAGCUGAUCAG